GCCAUGACAACCUCAAAUUUUAUUAGCAUUGAUAGUCAGCGGUCUCAGCCGGUCUGGAAGAUAAGUCAGUCAAGAUGUCCCAAGAUCUGCUCCAGAAGAAGAUACCUCCCAGCAGGCCCACGAGGCCUCCUCCACGAAGACUAGCAAGUAAUGCAGCCGCCUCUACUCCUUCUCCCCCUCCUCGGCCGUCUAGGCCUCCAACCUCGUCACAGCAUAAACUACAAGAGAAGGCUGACAAGCCUCCCGCUCUGCUCUCUCCAGAGAAGAAGGAGAUAAGAGUCCUUCCUCCACAUCCACCGCCUCCUCUAUCCACUUCUUAUCAACAGCAUAAGGUUGAGAAAAGAAACUCGUCUUCAUCACUCACCACUCCUCCGCCUUCUUCACACUCAUUCUUGACACUUCAAGCAAAGAGAGAGAAAAAGGACCCGCCACCAGCUCGUCCGGAUUAUAGUCCUGUUUUCAUUGUUAAGCAUCGCUCAAAGUCUUCUGAAAACUUAACUCUACCUAGAUAUAAUAAUAAUUCUCCAUUCCUUACUGUCAAAGCAACAGGUACUAAUCCUCCUUCAGAGUUACCCCCAAGGAGUAAAACUCCACAGUAUUCUUACUACACCCCUCCACCUGUUACUAGAGUAUUAAGCCACAAGGACAAAGAAGGACCUAAUACUCGUCCAGCUCCUCCUGUUCCCUCUCCUAGAAGAAACAAGAAUAAAGGUCCCAUCAUAAGCAGACCGCCUGAGCCUUUACCACGCAGUAACAUUAGUAAAGAAAUACAGUUAAGAACACCUCCGAUUCCUAGGGAAAGAUCUCGAGCUACUAGAGAACCAGUGGCUAACUCCUUAUCUUAUACUGCACGUACAUACCCUCCUCCUCUCUCCCUUACAGAACCCGUUCCUCUUUUCAGCAAAACUUCUCUCUCUCCCUCUCACUCUGUCCCAGAAGACAUCUAUACCUUACCAGACACAACCACUAAUCGUGCUCUAUCUAUUCAGUCUGAGCCAGAUGCCAUAGAAUGGUAUGCUAGCUCGGAUGAUGCUGUCCAUAAAAAUGAGUUAGAGCAAGACACAAGGUAUGCAGUUCCACAUGUACAUGGUGUUGUUGCUCAUGAUUCUCAUAAAGAAACAAUCGAGUGGUAUGCCAGUACAGAUGACAUUGACCAUCCAUUUAAGGAAGAGAGUUUGUCAACAACUACUGAAGACAUCGGUGAAGAUGGAUACAUGGUAAUGAGCUCCAUAUCUGGUCAUGUGGGUAGUGAUAGUGGAAUUGGAGGAGAGGAAAUAGAAGGAGGUGAUAAUAUGUAUCUGCCAUUGAAUACUUUGGAGAUGGAUGAGGAAAAUACUUAUAGCAUUCCUGUUAGUAAUGGGAGUACACCAAUUGAUACUAUCAUUGAAGAGCCUCCACUUUAUACUGAUCCAGCCUCACUUAAUACAUACAUAUCUUCAUCGGUUCCAACCGACAUAUACAUGGCUUUGCAGGAAACCAAUGACACUAAUGGGUCAGUUUAUCAACCACUUGUGGCUAGUAAAAUUUCUUGAUAAAAAGACUAUUUUAAAGAUUCUUUUUUGUAUUUUUUAUGUUGUGUAUUUUAUUUUUGAAAAUAUGUAUUUAUAAUUAUUAUUGUUAACUUUAAAUUAAUAGUCAGUUAGUAUUAAUAAAA